AUGUCCUUCGACCGGCUCCCAUCUCUCGAGGCGCAACCGACCACCACUCGCCGUCAGGAUGACCCCCAGUACCGAGAUGACCCAGAAUUCUCCCACCUGACUGAGACACUAUCCACACGUCUAUUCGAGCUCACAUCCAACAUCUCGCGCCUGUCACAACAGAUAUCGCUGCUGGGCACCAAACGAGACACCGAACGAGUGCGGGAAAGAGUGCACGACCUGCUAGAAGAGACGAAAGAAGGAUUCAAAGAAGUCGGCGAGGGUGUCAAAAAGAUACAAGGCUGGGAGGACUUGAAUGCCUCGCAGUCCAAUGGCUUUCAUGCCGUCUGUCUCGAUUCCUGGCCGCCGAUCGCCUAUCUCAACGACGUCAGUCGCGCGGCGGUGCGGAUCGUGGAGGCCAUCAAUCAGCAGAGUACGGAUGCCGGUGCGGGCUUGGUGGCCGCGUACACGUUUGAUGCCGGGCCCAACGCUGUGGUGUACUACCUGGAGAGAGAUACGGAGAGGGUGGCCGGUGUCUUCAGGGCGCUUCUGGGCGAGCGGGUGGAGGGCUGGGAGGGCAGUUAUGGGGAAGCCAUCAAGAAGCCUGCGGAGAUGGAGCUGGGCACGCUGGAUGAGAAGGCGGUCGAGACGCUGAAGGCGGGCGUGAGCAGAGUCAUUUGUACGGGGGUGGGCGGAGGCCCGGAGAAGGUGGACAGACAUCUUGUCGAUGAGAGGGGGGAGCCGGUUUUGGAAUGA